ACCUCUAACUAGACUAACAAAAAAAGAGUGAGAACAAAAAAUACUACUUAUCAGGAAUUAAUGAUGGAUAUCAAUCAACUCUGUAUCCAUUAAAAAGAUAUAAAGGGAAUUUUAUGAAAAACGUUAUGCCAAUAAAUUAGAUGACUUGGAUGAAAUGGAUAAGUUCCAUGAAAAAUAAUACUUAGCAAAAUGGACACAAUAUGAAGAUAUAACCUGAACUAUCCUGUACCUAUUUAUGAAUUGCAAUUCAUUAUUUAAAACCUUAUCACAAAGAAAACUGUAGGCCCACGCAAUUUCACUGGUAAAUUCUAUAAACAUUUAUGGAAGAAAUCACACCAAUCUUACACAAAUUCUUUCAGAAAACAUUAGAGUUCUUCCGUAGUUUAUGAAGCCAGCAUAACCUUAAUACCUAAACCUAACAAAAACAUUUGAAAAGAAGAAAAAUACUUUUCAAUAUCCUUCCUAAAAACAGAGGCAAAAAUUCCUUACCAAAACUAAUAGUAAGGGGGGAGGGUAUAGCUCAAGUGGUAGAGGGCAUGCUUAGGAGGCCGGAGGUCCUGGAUUCAAUCCCCAGUACCUCCUCCAAAUAUAAAUAAAUAAGCCUAAUUACCUCCCCCUCAUGAAACAAACAAACAAACAAAAAAGAAAAGAAAAGAAAAACAAAUAGUAAACUCCAUACAGCAAUAUUUAAAGAAGAAAACAUAUCAGGGUUAAUCUCAAGAAUAAGUGUUGGAUUAACAUCUGAAAAUUAAUCAGUGCUUUUCACUAUAUUAGUGUGAAGGAGAAAAACUAUAUUAACAGCUUAACACAUACAUAAAAAGCAUUUGACAACCCUUAACCCCCUUUCAUGAUAAAAGCUCUCAUUAAUUUCAGGGCAGAAGACAAGUUCCUCCAUCUUAUGAAGGCCACUUCCUCUUGGUGUCACAAUGGCAGAUUAGGAUAAUCUAAGAAGGGGCCUGAGAAAUGUUCUGUGGUAACCCGAACAUUCCGUGAUCUACAGAGAAGAUUUGGGUUUCACAAGAGUAUGCUUUUUUUUAAAAAAACACUUUGAGUGGUACCCUUAAGAACUGUGCGUUUCUGUCUUUGUAAAUAUUAACAAUGAAAAAAAUAUUAAGGGUUGCAGACAUCUGAAUUUCAUCAUAGAAAUAAGGCAGUUAGAUGAAUGGACAGAGGGAUGGUUAGAGAAAGAAAUACGUGCUAAAGCAAAUAUAGCAAAAUAUUAAUUACAGAAUCUAGGUGGUGAGAAUAUGGGAGUUCACCGUACAAGUUUUUAAACUUUGUCGGAUGCUUGAAAACGUUCGUAAUAAAAUGUUGAGGGAAGGAGUCUGUGAGAGGAGAACCAGGGAAGACAGGAGGGAAUAGGAUUGUGAGGGCUGGGAAAGGAGAUUCCACUCGCCUGUGGGCACUCGGAGGAGGUGCAGCCUGGGGAAGGGGUGACUUGGGGGACACACGUGAUUUUAGUUGUCCCCAGACACUGGAUGACUUUUAUGUGGAAGAGGCUGCAUUUUACUGUGGGUAGACCCAGAAAGUUGAACUGGGCUCAACGUGAGCUGUUUCCAUUUUAACUUUUUCUUUCUUUUUUUUAUUUAAUUUAACACACCCUUCAAAAUCAGAACGUUAACAUCAACGCAUUACUACCAUCUAAACCUCAGACUCCACUCAGAUUUUUUUGACUGUCCCCAUUUUGUCAUUUUUAGCACGGAGACCUUGACCACAUACCCUGAACUGCUGUUUGCUUUCUCUGUGUGGCUCUUUGGUAUUUUGUGGGACACUGACAGUCUCCUUUUGGGGACAGCUUGUCAGGUUUAAACUGGAAGUUCAUUACUCAAAGUGCGAUUCUGUAUUCUGAUUUUGAAAAAGUGUUCACAGAGUAUAACCUUCACUUGUAAAAAUAUGUGUGUCUGAGAGAGAGAGAGAGCCUGAGAGAGUAUUCACACACGUGGUCAAACAGAAGAACCAAAAUACACAAAAUAAUGAAUGUUUUCUCUAAUCAAGAGGAACCCUGUGGUUUCUGCAUUCUUAUAAAAACUUUCCUUGCCCACAUUUUUUGGAAUAAACGUAUUUUAUUAUAAAAGAAAAGAAUACUGGAAAAAAUUUAAAUGUAACUUACUUGCUAGCACCAAAGGCCAAGGGACAGACAUGAAUAGAAAAGAAUAAGAAGUUAGAACAAAUAAUCCUAAAAUUUAUAUGAAAUCACAAAAGACCCAGAAUUACCAAAGCAUUACUGAAGAAAAAGAAUGAAGCUGAAGGAAUAACCCUCCCAGACUCCAGACAAUACUACAGAGCUACAGUUAAUCAAAACAGCAUGGUAUUGGUACAAAAACAGACACAUGGAUCAACUGAACAGAAUAGAGAGACCAGAAAUAAACAUAAACAUUUGGUCAAUUAAUCUUUGACAAAGGAGGCAAGAACAUACAAUGGAGUAAAGACAAUCUCUUUAGCAAAUGGCGCUGGGAGAACUGGACAGCUGCAUGUAAAUCAAUGAAGUUAGAAUACUCCCUCACACCAUACAUAAAAAUAAACUCAAAAUGGCUUAAACACUUAAACAUAAGACAAGACACCAUAAACCUCUUAGAAGAAAAUGUAGGCAAAACAUUAUCCAACAAAAAUCUCAGCAGUGUUCUCCUAGGUCAGUCUACCCAAGCAAUAGAAAUAAAAGCAAAAAUGAACAAAUGGGUCCUAAUUAAACUUAUAAGCUUUUGCACAGCAAAGGAAACCAUAAGCAAAACAAAAAGACAACCUACAGAAUGAGAAAAAGUAUUUGCAAAAGAUGAGACUGACAGGGGCUUAAUCUCCAGAAUAUAUAAACAGCUCAUACAACUUAAAAAUAAAAAACCAAACAACCCAAUCCAAAAAUGGGCAGAAGACCUAAAUAAGCAAUUCUCCAAUGAAGACAUAGGAGUGGCCAAGAGGCACAUGAAAAAAUGCUCAAUAUUGCUAAUUAUCAGAGAAAUGCAAAUCAAAAGUACAAUGAGGUGUUACCUCACAUGUCAGAAUGGCCAUCAUUCAAAAGUCCACAAACGAUAAAUGCUGGAGAGGCUGUGGAGAAAAGGGAACCCUCCUACAUUGUUGGUGGGAAUGUAGUUUGGUGCAGCCACUAUAGAAAACAGUAUGGAGAUUGCUCAAAAAACUAAAAAUAGACUUACCAUAUGAUCCAGCAAUCCCACCCUGAGCAUAUAUCCAGAGGGAACCUUAAUUCAAAAAGACACAUGCACCCCAAUGUUCAGAGCAGCACUAUUGACAAUAGCCAGCACAUGGAAACAACCUAAAUGUCUAUCAACAGAUGACUGGAUAAAGAAGCUGUGGUAUAUUUGUACAGUGGAAUACUAUUCAGCCAUAAAAAGAAUAAAAUAAUGCCAUUUGCAGCAACAAGGAUGAACCUGGAGAAUGUCAUUCUAAGUGAAGUAAGCCAGAAAAAGAAAGAAAAAUACUACAUGAUAUCACUUAUAUGUGUAAUCUAAAAAAAAAAAGACAAACGAACUUAUUUACAAAACAAAACAGACUCACAUAGAAAACAAACUUACAGUUACCAGAGGGGAAGUGGGUGGGAAGGGAUGAAUUGGAAGUUUGAGAUUUACAGAUACGAAUAUAUAAAAAAUAAACAAGUUUAUACUGCAUAGCACAGGGAACUAUAUUCAGUAUCUUGUAACUUACAGUGAAAGAGAACAUGAAAAUGAAUAUAUGUAUGUUCCUACAUGACUGAACUAUUGUGCUGUACACCAGAAUUUGACACAACACUGUAAACUGAUUAUACUUCAAUAAAAAUAUAUAUUAAAAAAAAGAAGAAACCAACCUUGUUGACAACUUGAUAUUAGACUUCCAGCCUCCCACACUGUGAGAAAAUAAAUGUCUGUUGUUUAAGCCAAAAAUAAAGAAAGAAAAGAAAAGAAAAGAAAGAAGUCUUCCCAAUGUAAAAAGGAAAAGAAAAGAAAAGAAUGAGUUUAGAGCUGGAAGAAAGGUCCCAGUUCUGCUCAGUUUUGCAGGCUGAGGUCAAGGGAAUGUGGGAUGGAUCCUGGGAGGGAUGACAGUCUGGAAGCCACUCAUGCCUGUCCCUGCUUUGUCCCCAUAGGCUGCAGCUGCCUUAGCCACAGCCACAGGGCAGGACCGCAUUCACCAGCAAUUAGCUGCCUCACCAGGAUCGAAGCGCAGCUUCUGGAAGUUGUGUCCACCAGGGGCUGCAAACCAGGGGAAGAAGAGAAAAGUCCCUGCACCGCAACCAAGGACACCGAGUGUCAGUGCAAACCUGACACUUUCCGUGGAAGAGACUCCCCUGAAUUCUGCCACAAGUGCAGCACCAGGUGCCCCAAUGGGAUGGUCGUGGCCACGCCCUGUACGCCCUGGAGUGACCUGCAGUGUGUGGACCAAGAAUCAGGUACCCAGGCCAGUGGGGAGGCCCUGGUUCCUGGAAAGCCAGUGACCAUGAGCCUGGGACUGCCCACCACUCCUUCUCCCUCCUCAGGCAAUUCACAGCUGGUGCCUGGAAUUGUAACUGCCUUUGUCCUGCUGGGGCUGGUGCUGGUUCUGAUGACUGCAUAUCGUUUCCGGAAGUUCAUCCUUCAAGGUUGUGGAGUGGACCCCAAGUGCAUGGAAAAAGUCUUUUUCUGGCGCUCACAUCCCCCAAGAGGGCCUGAGCCUCUAGACAAUGCUCGCAACAACAUGCUGAUCAACAGAGAAUCACUGUCCACUCUGGUCUCUGAGCAGGAGACAGAAGACCAGGAGCAGGCCAACCUGACACAUGUUAUGGUGCAGUCCCCGGGGGAAGCAGAGCGUCUGCUGGAACCAGCAGGAGCUGAAGAGUCUCAGAUUAGAAUGAUGCUGGUUCCAGCAAAUGAUGUGGACUCCAUUGAAGGCCUGAGGAUGUUCUUCGAUUACUUUGCAACCGUCGUGCCCUAUGAUUCCUGGGAUGCGCUCAUGAGGCAGAUGGGCCUGACACAAAAUGAGAUCCUUAUGGCCAGAGGCAAAGCCUGGGCCCCGCGGGAUGCCUUGUAUGAAAUGCUGGAGGCCUGGCUCAGCAGCAAGGGGCGGGAAGCCUCCAUCAACACCCUGCUGGAUGCCUUGGAAACACUAGGGGCAAGAUGUGCAAAGGAGACAAUUCAGGACCACCUGGUGGGCUCGGGAAAGUAUGUCUAUAAAAAAGGUGAAGCAGGCUCUGCUGUGUCCUCAGUUUGAGAACCUCACUCUUUCCAUCCAGGGCACUUUUUAAAGUGCCUCCUGGACUUGCACUUUUUAUUUGUAUUUGUUAUUUUGUAGCAUGCAUGUAUGUUGGAAUGUGUGCAUUUAAUGAUAGGUAAUUUGUAAUACUGUUUAUCUUUCUAACUUUAUACUUUAUAUGAAUGUUUUUGUAUCUAUUUAUACAGGUACAGGAAAACUUUUUUGCAAUACCCUGUCUGGGUUGUUUACAUGGGUUAUCUGGUUGUGAGCUGGCACUUAAAAACUAUUUGAAAUGCGAAAAGAAAGAAGGAAAGAAGUCCACUGCUGGAGCACUGGCAAAGGCAGUUUGGCCACUUUCGGGUGCCUGGUCGCUUCUAGAGUGCCCACCAUUUCCAACUGAUAAUUUUACAGGCGUGGGAUUGUUUACAUUAUUUAUUGCUAAAUGUUUACUUGUGAAUAAAGAGUGAGGAGAAGUGGCGUCCACAUGCAGCCCUGUGUCUGGCUGUCCGUGAACUGGCCUAUCACACGUGGGCCUCCUCUGCUCAUCUAUGGCCUUGGGUGGGGAGGGCGGGACAUGGGUUAGAUGUGAGGUGCCCAAUAGAUUCUAUGCCAUGUACCAUUUCUGGUCUUGUUAGUGAACCUUCAGUUCCAUCUGGGCUUGGGGGGGAGAGGACAGGGACCUGCUCCCAGUGUCUGCCCUGGUCGCAGGGAGGAGAGCGGAUCUUGCUCAUGAACUGAGUUCAGUGUUGGCUGACUCAGCCCUACAUGGGCCCUCUUGCUUCUGGAGGUGUGUGAAUGUGAGCCCAGAACUGCUCUUUUGGGUCCGAAUUGGCUAUUUAAGGAUCUCAGCCCCUCUGUAAGCUGUGGCCUUCUGCAGAAAAGACUCAGACAGAAAUCCCAAUUCCUAUAUACUGUGAGGAUUGGCCUAAAAUGGCUCAUAUAUUAGUGUUUGUCCUUUUAUUGAUUUUUAUAAAACCCUUCUUCCGCUAAACACUUCUCCAUAGUGUUCCAGCUAUUUUAAGAUAAUUUCAUGGUGGAAGCAAUUCUCAGGGGUUUUGUUUGGUCUUUUCCGUCUCAAGGCUUUGUGUGCUGCCUUCUCUAAGACUGGUGUGGCUGGUGUGGUCAAAACUGGAAUUGGCUGGAAUGUAGGCACAUUCAGGUUAUGGUGUCUGGAGUCCACUGGAGUUUUUAGGAAGGGUCGACUCCUGUGGCCUUGCUGCUACUUCUCCCUCCCCUGUCCUUCCAGACAUCUGGCCCUGUCUACCCUCCCCUUCCUGAAGUCAGAUGUUUCCUGCCUUUGCUGCUCCUUCUGUGCAGGACACUUCUGGCUUCAUCUUCAGAGGGAGAUGUAAAUGAAAUCUUGCCAAUCACAUUUCAGCUCACUUGUCCCUUUCUUGGAGGACGUCCUUGAUUACCCAUAGAAAGUAUUAGUCUUGACAGUGUUUGUCAAGUUUAUUCAUUUCUUGAUAUGUUUAUUGAGUCUUUUACCAAUAAGAACCUUAGGGAAUCAUGAAAUUGCCUACUGUAUUGCUUUGUACCCAGUGCAAAUUGAUACUUUGAAAGUUUUAUUUAAAGAUUAGGUGUCUGAUCAUGUCUCUCCUCAGUGGGGAGACCCUUUCUUUGAAGAUUUUGUUCGAAUUAUUAAACAAUACAGGAGAGGCCAUUAGGGCCAACAGGCCCAUGAAAAAAUGCUCAAUAUCACUAAUUAUCAGAGAAAUGCAAAUGGAAACUACAAUGAGGUAUUACCUCACACCAGUCACAACGGCCAUUAUUCGAAAGUUCACAAACAAUAAAUGCUGGAGAAGGUGUGGAAAAAAGGGAACCCUCCUACACUGCUGGUGGGAAUGUAGUUUGGUGUAGCCACUAUGGAAAACAUAGUGAGAGUCCUCAAAAAACUAAAAGUAGACUUACCAUAUAAUCCAGCAAUCCCAAUUCUGGGUAUAUAUCCAGAGGGAACUCUUAUUCGAAAAGAUACAUGGGCUCCAAUUUUCAUAGCAACGCUAUACACAAUAGCUAAGACAUGGAAGCAACAUAAAUGUUGAUGACUGGAUAAAGAAACUGUGGUAUCUUUAUACAACAGAAUACUCCACAGACAUAAAAAGUGACAAAAUUAUGCUAUUUGUAGCAAAUGGAUGGCCCUGGAGAAUGUCAUUCUAAAUGAAGUAAGCCAGAAAGAGAAAGAAAAAUACCGUAUGAUAUCACUCAUAUGUGGAAUGUAAAAAAACAAAAAGAGAAAUGAAUUUAUUUAUAUAUAAAACAGAAACAGACCCACAGACAUAGAAUACAGACUUGUAGUUGCAAAGGAGGAGGGGGUGGGAAGGGAUAAACAGGGAGUUCGAGAUUUGCAGAUACUGACUAGUAUAUAUAAAAUAGAUAAACAAGUUUAUACUGUAUAACACAGGGAAAUAUAUUCAAUAUCUUGAAGUAGCUUAUGAUGAAAAAGAAUAUGAAAAUGAAUAUAUGUAUAUUCAUGUAUGAUUGAAACACUGUGCUGUACACCAGAAAUUGACAAAAAUUGUAAACUGACUAUACCUUAACUAAAAAAAAAAAAGGAACAAGCUCCUACAUAUUAUGAUUAAGUUACGCCUAUUAAAAAUUCCCACACUGAUUGUGGAUUGGUCAGUUUCUUCUUUCCAGUUUUACAGAUACGAACUAUUAUUUAUCACUAAUGAGUAGUUCUUUGUCAUUAUGUAAUCUCAUGUUAUUUUGACCAUAUCAACUAAAGUUUUGUUAGUAUUUGUAAAAGAAGGAAAAAAGAAAAAAAAGACACUAUGAACUCAUCUACAAAACAGAAACAGACUCGCAGACAUAGUAAACAAUCUUAUUAUGGUCACUGAGGGAAGGGGGUGGGAAGGGAUAAAUUUGGGAGUUAGAGAUUUGUAAAUUGUAGCCA